AUGGAGUCUGUCUUUACUCUUUUGCAUGUAGUAAUGUAUAUUAUUAAUGUUUCAAAAGUAAAUGGGGUUGCUUGCAGCUUAAAGGGAGAGCCUGCUUACCCACAGAUAUGGAAGGAUGGAGAUAUUAUAAUUGGAGGGGCUUUGCCCUUACACAGUGGUUGGGAAUCUCCUGACAUAUCUUAUGUGGCCAAGCCACCUCCAGUGAAGUGCAUGAGCCUUGAUUUGAGGGUGUUCCAGCUUGCCCAGGCAAUGAUCUUUGCAAUAGAGGAGAUAAACAACAGUUCGUCUUUACUGCCAGGUGUCUCUCUGGGAUACAAGAUCUAUGAUACAUGUAGUUUGCCAACACAGGGGGUUCGAAUGGCCAUGUCACUUGUUAAUGGAAAUGAAAACUCAGUUUCAAAUGAUUCCUGCACAAAGCCAGCCCAGGUUCAAGCCAUAAUAGGUGAAACAUAUUCAUCAGUGUCUAUGGCUAUAGCAAAUAGUAUCAGGCCUUUUAAUGUUCCUAUAAUCAGUCACUAUGCAACCUGUGAGUGUCUCAGUGACAAGAGAAAAUACCCUACAUUUCUGCGCACUAUUCCCAGUGAUUCUUACCAGAGCAGAGCACUAGCAGAGAUGAUCAAGCACUUUGGCUGGACCUGGUUGGGAGCAAUAAGAAGAGAUGAUGACUAUGGUAAUAAUGGAAUGACUGCAUUUACUAAAAUUGCAGAGCAGUUGGGUAUCUGCUUGGAAUAUUCUCUUCCAUAUUUUAAAAACUACUCAACAGAAAAAGUGCAAAAAAUCAUUGACCAGAUUAAAAUUUCCACUUCACAAGUGAUACUCGGGUUUCUCGACAAUGCAGAUUUAGACAGUCUGCUGUCUGUUUUUUUUGAACACAACAUCACUGGAUAUCAGUGGGUGGGAACCGAGGCCUGGAUCUUUGACCCGAAACUAGCCAUUUCUGACAAAAACAACAUACUGCAAGGAGCUAUAGGACUAGCUAUCCCUAAAGCAAAGGUGACCGGUAUGCAGGAUUUCAUUCUGGAUAUAAAACCAUUAAAAUCUGUGGGCAGUGCAAUUUUCCCUAAAUUCUGGGAGACUAUGUUUGGUUGUAAAUAUACAGUUCAGAAUGAUUCAGAGGGUGUGCCAGUGUGCACAGGAGAGGAGAAGCUGUCUGAUGUGGAAAGCGUUUUCACUGAUAUGUCCAUGAUGCCCAUUUUUAGUAAUGUGUAUAAAGGAGUUUAUGCCAUUGCCCAUGCUCUGAACAACCUUCUACACUGCAACAAAACAUGUCCCACAAAGAAACAGCCUGAUCCUCUCACGUUUUUAGACCACCUUAAAAAGGUGUAUUUCAAAACCAAAGGAGGGGAGGUUGUUUAUUUUGAUGAAAAUGGUGACCCUCCUGCAAAAUAUGAGAUAAUAAAUUGGCAAACAAAUAAGCAGAAUCAACAUGAAUUGGUCACUGUUGGAGUGUAUGACUCUGCUCAAUCAGAACAGUUGGCGAUAAACAUGAGUGCUAUAUUGUGGGUCCAAAAUACAAAUCAGGUACCUAUAUCUGUAUGCAGUGAGAACUGCCUUCCAGGUACAAGGAAGGCUGCACAGAAGGGAAAGCCUAUUUGUUGCUUUGACUGCAUACCAUGUGCUGAAGGAGAAAUCAGCAAUAUUACAGAUUCUAUUGAAUGUAAACAAUGUUCUCAAGAUUACUGGUCAAAUUUGCGGAAAGAUGGAUGUGUAAAGAAGGAAAUUGAAUAUCUAACCUACGAAGAAACGAUGGGAAUUUUGCUAACAGUGGUUUCUAUUAUUGGUGCAUUAUUAACAAUGGUAAUAUCAGUAAUAUUCUUUAAACAUAAAAAUACCCCAAUAGUCAAAGCCAACAACUCUGAGCUUAGCUUCCUGCUGCUCUUCUCUCUGACUCUGUGUUUCCUUUGUUCACUUACUUUCAUUGGUCAGCCCUCUGAGUGGUCCUGUCUGUUUCGCCACACAGCCUUUGGGAUAACCUUCGUCCUCUGCAUCUCCUGUGUUUUGGGAAAAACCAUAGUAGUGUUAAUAGCCUUCAGAGCUACACUUCCAGGCAGUAAUUUAAUGAAAUGGUUUGGGCCUCCACAGCAAAGACUCAGUGUACUUGUCUUCACUCUCAUACAGGUCCUUAUCUGUGUGCUUUGGUUAACUCUAUCCCCUCCUUUACCUUUCAAAAAUCUAAAAAUCUACAAAGAAAAAAUUAUUUUAGAAUGCAAUCUGGGUUCCGCCAUAGGUUUUUGGUCUGUGUUAGGUUAUAUAGGUUUCUUGGCAUUUUUAUGUUUUGUUUUGGCUUUUCUGGCUCGAAAGUUGCCUGAUAAUUUCAAUGAAGCCAAAUUCAUCACAUUCAGCAUGCUCAUAUUCUGUGCAGUGUGGAUCACUUUUAUUCCAGCUUAUGUCAGCUCACCUGGAAAAUUCACUGUAGCUGUAGAGAUAUUUGCCAUUUUGGCCUCAAGCUUUGGGUUACUGUUUUGUAUAUUUUUUCCAAAGUGUUAUAUCAUCAUACUCAAACCAGAAAAGAACACUAAAAAGCAAAUUAUGGGUAAAGCAUAA